CCUCUCCAUUGACUCAUGUUGUUCCAAAGCUUUAGGAAAGGCCUGAUUGACUUACGUAGUUUAUCCGUUCUUAAGAGAAGAGGAUUUCAUGUUCAAGUCUUUGCAGAGCAUGCAGAUCCCAGGUUCAUUCGGUUCAAACUCCCAGGCUACAGCACCCUGGGUAGGGAAAAGCCACCACAGAAAUCGAAACAAUUCGGGAAGAUUCUGCUGACCAAGUGUCUUUAUAGCUCACUGAAAGGCUGGGAGCUCUACAGGAUAUCACCAGGCAACUCUGCUCUCACCAUGCCGCACACUAAGACUCAGGACUUGGGCUCUGCCUUCAUCCAGACGCAGCAGCUGAACGCUGCCAUGGCCGACACCUUCCUGGAGCACAUGUGUCUGCUGGACAUCGACUCUGAGCCCACCACUGCCCGUAACACUGGCAUCAUCUGCACCAUCGGGCCAGCCUCCCGCUCAGUGGAAAUGCUGAAGGAGAUGAUCAAGUCAGGAAUGAACAUUGCUCGCUUGAACUUCUCCCACGGUUCACAUGAGUAUCAUGGUGAUACCAUAAAGAAUGUUCGUGAGGCUUGUGAGAGCUUUGAAGCAGGCAGCAUCCACUACCGACCUAUAGCCAUCGCCCUGGAUACCAAGGGCCCGGAGAUCAGAACUGGACUCAUCAAAGGGAGUGGCACUGCUGAAGUGGAGCUGAAGAAGGGAAACCAGAUCAAGUUGACGCUGGACGAUGCCUUCAUGGAGCACUGUGAUGAGAACACCCUUUGGCUGGACUACAAGAACAUCACUAAGGUGGUGGAGGUGGGCAGCAAGAUCUACAUCGAUGAUGGCCUCAUCUCUCUCCAAGUCCAAGAGAUUGGCUCUGACUACCUGAUGUGCGAGAUUGAGAACGGCGGUAUGCUGGGCAGCAAGAAGGGUGUCAACCUGCCUGGGGCAGCCGUGGACCUGCCCGCCGUGUCUGAGAAGGACAUUAAGGACCUGCAGUUUGGAGUGGAAAUGGGAGUCGACAUGGUCUUCGCCUCAUUCAUCCGCAAAGCAGCUGACGUCCACGAGGUCAGGAAGGUGCUAGGAGAGAAGGGCAAGAACAUCAAGAUCAUCAGCAAGCUGGAGAACCAUGAAGGAGUCCGUAGGUUUGAUGAGAUAAUGGAGGCCAGCGAUGGCAUCAUGGUUGCCCGUGGUGACCUGGGUAUUGAGAUCCCCACGGAGAAGGUCUUCCUCGCCCAGAAGAUGAUGAUUGGACGUUGCAAUAGAGCUGGCAAGCCAAUCACUUGUGCCACACAGAUGUUGGAGAGCAUGAUCAAGAAGCCCCGUCCCACGCGUGCAGAGGGCAGCGAUGUGGCUAACGCUGUUCUGGAUGGGGCUGACUGCAUCAUGUUGAGUGGAGAGACAGCAAAGGGAGACUACCCUCUGGAAGCAGUGCGCACACAGCACAUGAUUGCCAGGGAGGCAGAAGCAGCCAUGUUCCACCGGCAGCUGUUUGAGGAGCUGAGGCGCUCCACGAAACUAAGCCAGGACCCCUCAGAGGCCGUAGCCAUUGGGGCCGUCGAGUCCGCCUUCAAAUGCUGCGCCAGUGCUAUAAUUGUUCUCACCAAGACCGGCAGGUCUGCUCAUUUGCUUUCCCGGUACCGCCCCCGCGCUCCCAUCAUCGCAGUGACACGUAAUGGGCAGACGGCCCGCCAGGCACACUUGUACCGCGGCAUCUUCCCCGUGUUCUACAACAAACCCCCUAACGACGUCUGGGCUGAGGAUGUUGACCUCCGAGUCAACUUUGCCAUGGAUGUCGGCAAGGCUCGAGGAUUUUUCAAGACCGGCGAUGUCGUUAUCGUGCUUACCGGCUGGCGUCCAGGCUCCGGUUACACCAACACCAUGCGCGUGGUACCAGUGCAGUAAACAUCCACUCCUCUUCAUUCCAGCCCUUCUAACCUUUCUCCUGCUCCUUUAUCAUUCAAGCACUUCUAGCAGACUGGCAUUAGCGUUAGCAAGGUUUCCCAGGCUGGGCUUCACCUGGAAAGGGCCAGUUUUGACAUCUUGUUUAAUCCCAGUCAAGUAUUCCUGCUUAUUAUCUGCUAUUUUUGGCACGUGUGUCAACCCUUAGUCCUUUUUAUUCACAAAUGGCAAUGUAUUAUUCCUUACACGAGUCAGGCGGCGGUCUGUCAGAGCGCAGGGUAAUAGGGGUAUAGGUCAGAGCUACUGUACUUAUCAUGCAAUCAGUAUUCUUCUAGAACAUUCCCAUUGACCAUAGAACCAAAAGUAAUGUGCUGAAGCAAAAAGAGUACACUAGCAGCUCUGGCUUCUCCACCUUCCUUCACCAUGACCAAGUGCAGAGGAAUGUAUUUUGCAAGUAUGGAUUUGUCUGUGUGUUAUUAAUCUAUGUUGUUUUUGUUUUUUUUCCUCCACCACUGCACUCCCACAGCUACUGUAGACAAUGUUACAUACUGUAUUAUACUUGACAUUGAGAUGUUUGGGUGUUGGGAAACCGGCACCUCAUAAUAUAAUAUAUAUUUUUCUCCUAAACUGAGAAACAUUGUCGGAUGCUGUUAGUGUUAUCCUGUUCACUGAGUUGUUUCAAAAAGAAUCUAAGAGAAAUGAAAGUUAGCAAUGAUUCCAUCACACUUCCUGCCUGUCUCUCCUCUUGUUCUCACAUUUCAACCUCACGGUGACCAUGUGCAUCAAGCUUCUGUGUGCAGGUCUCGUAUCCACACGCUUCUGAUUGUGAAACUUAGAUUUAAACUAUAUGUACUGUGUGAUACAAACCUUACUCUGUUGCAUUGUCGAAGACUGGUUCAAUCAAAUAAAGAGAAGAGCACCUGUCA